AUGUAAUAACUGAGGAGGCAGUGUGUUGGUGUCGGUCUUAUUUCACUGUAACACCUGGCUUUAUUCAAGCCCCAGCUAGCCUACGCUUUUCCCCAAAGAGGAUGGCGGAUGACACGGAGGAUGUGGAGCUGGAUUUUGCUGCUGACGAGCAGGAGAGGGCGCGGAGAAGCGCAGUCAUAAGACACCCCCUUGCCUCCUUUUUCCACCUGUUCUUCCGGGUGGUUGCCAUUGUUGCCUAUCUUCUCAGUGACUGGAUCAGCGAGAACUUUGCAUCUUGUUUUGUGCUAAUCAUCACUCUGCUAUCUUUUGACUUCUGGUCUGUUAAGAAUGUGACUGGCAGGCUGCUGGUCGGCCUGCGCUGGUGGAAUCAGAUUGACGACGAUGGAAAAAGCCUCUGGGUGUUUGAAGCCAAAAAAGCCUCCCGCGACAAUAACAUUGGGACAGAAGCAGAGGCCAGGAUAUUUUGGCUGGGUCUCAUCAUCUGCCCUCUCAUAUGGAUAUGUUUCUUCUUCACCUCCCUGUUCUCCCUGAAGAUUAAAUGGCUGUCACUUGUGGUAGCUAGUAUUUCUCUCCAAGCGGCCAAUCUCUAUGGUUACCUCCGCUGCAAGGCAGUGGGAGAGGAUGGCCAGCAUGCAGACUCUUUCACGGGGCAGCACCUCCUGCAGCGUCCAGAUAUCAUCUUUGGAAUACUGUGAAGAUUACCUCGGCCCGUAAAGCCACUCUGUUGUGUUUGUGUGUGUUUAAAUGUGUGUGUCUUUGAGUGUGUUAGCGAGUGGGAGAAAGAGAGAGAUAGAUGAGAGCUGCCUCAUCUCCAAAGUUCCCAUUGCAUAUACUUGAAUGGCUGUGUGCCUUGUGCAUGCCUUAUGCAGCUGACUGUUCACUUCACAUGAUGCCCGUGGAUCAGUCUGGCAAUUAUGUCAAUAAAAGAAAGUGCAUUUUAAAA